CUUGUCUAUCUGCUAUUUGCUAUAUAUUCUGCUGCAUUCUAUACUGCAUUAGCUUCACUUUUCGACCUCCUCAGCCUGUCAGUCCAAGCCAGUAGUCGACUGCAAUUGGCGUCACUACCGGAGCUUGAAGACCUGGUCUCCGUUGCAUUGUUCGCACAAUAACUAUAUAUCAACAUGGCUACUCCUACAGUUUCUACUCCCGUGAAGACUCACCAUGGGAUCUUCUCCACAAAGACUGCCGGUGGCCGCAUGCCUCUGACGCCGUCUCCGCGCAGACGGGACAGUGUGGCUUCGAACCACUCCUCCCCUUUCACUCCCCAAUGCGGAACUGGUGAGGCUGGCAAAGAGUUUGGCAAGUCUGUCUACGGCGGCAAUCUCUCCUCAUACUUUGCCAAGUCAGUCUCCAAGCCGACACGCAAGUACCGCGAAUCUCCCAAAUCCAACCUCUCCACCUCUCGCAGCUACCGGGAGUCUCCCAAGUCCAACAUCGCCCGUACACGUCCUCGCAAGUCCCCUAAACACCUUGAGCUAGGCGUUUCUGAGUGGGCUUUGACGGGUACUGGACCCUCUUCAUCACAGACUCCGUCCAAGGAGCGACUACGCAAAGAAGUUACCCGCAAGGAAGUUACCCGCAAGGAAGUUCCUCGGGAGAAGGUUGCCCGCAAAGAAGAGAUCCGGACGACCCGGACGACGAGGUCGGGAAAGACCACUGUUCGUAUUGCGCAUAAUGCUGGCGACAGAUUCAUUCCUAACCGCACGGCCAGCGAAGGACUUGUGACUGCUGGAACAGCCAAGCCCGAGGAGAGCCAGCGCCCCAAGAGCACAAGCAGCGAGGGAUCAUCCGUUCUGGCGAACGCAGCAAGCGCCUUCGAUAUCGGUGGCCGCGGAAGCGAGGAAGAUCUUACCGCAGCUCUCGAGAGCCUUGGAAUCGAUGACAGCGAGUCUACCACAUCCUACACCAAGCCCGCACCUGAUGCUGUUGCGUACGAAUCCUCACUUGCAGAUGCUUGCGGAGUGAACCUGAACACCCGAAUUCUGGCUUUCAAGCCCCCGCCUCCUGAAUCCUCUAAGCCUAUUGAUCUGCGUGCUCAGUACAACCGUCCUCUUAAAUCUGCGAAGUCCCAAUCCGCCCAGUUCCGCAGAAGAGUUCAAACGGCCCCUGAGCGUGUCCUUGAUGCUCCUGGCCUGCUGGAUGAUUACUACCUUAACCUUUUGGACUGGAGCUCUGGCAAUCAGGUUGCCAUUGGCCUUGAGCGUAAUGUUUACGUUUGGUCCGCCGAAUCCGGAACGGUCAGUUGCUUGCUGGAGGCACCGUCUGACACUUACGUGAGCAGUGUCAAGUGGAGCGGAGAUGGAGCUUACGUUGGCGUGGGCCUGGGUACCGGCGAGGUUCAGAUCUGGGAUGUCGAAGAAGGAACCAAGCUUCGCAGCAUGUUCGGCCACGACUCUCGCGUCGGCGUUAUGGGAUGGUCCAAGCACACUCUUUCCACCGGCGCCCGCAGUGGUCUUGUCUUCAAUCACGAUGUUCGCAUCGCCCAGCACAAGGUUGCCGAGCUGGUCUCGCACACCUCCGAAGUCUGUGGCUUGGAGUGGAGACCCGACGGUGCCCAGCUUGCGACGGGAGGUAACGACAACUUGGUCAACAUCUGGGAUGCUCGUUCCCUCAGUGCCCCCAAGUUCACCAAGACCAACCACCGCGCCGCCGUUAAGGCUCUCAGCUGGUGCCCCUGGCAGUUGAACUUACUCGCCACUGGUGGUGGUUCGUACGACCGCCAUAUCCACUUCUGGAACACCACCACUGGUGCGCGCACCAACAGUAUCGAUACUGGUUCCCAGGUCACCAGCUUGCGGUGGAGCAACCACUACCGCGAGAUUGUCAGCUCGAGCGGCUUCCCCGACAACUCCCUCAGCAUCUGGAGCUACCCGACUCUGGUCCGGAAUGUAGAAAUCCCUGCCCACGAGACUCGCGUGCUGCACAGUUGCUUGAGUCCCGACGGUCAACUUCUGGCCACCGCGGCCGCCGAUGAGAGCUUGAAAUUCUGGAAGAUCUUCGAGCGCAAGCCCGGAACGAGCGCCGCGGCUUCCCGCGAGGGUGGUGUUGGCAGCAAGGCGCAGAUGACCAAGUCCAUGACCAUCCGGUAGAUCCGGUUUGCUCAGUUGUGAUGACACUUGCUUUCUCGCUUUUUUUUCGGACUUCCUAUAUGUUCAACAUUAUGCGUUCUAUAUCGUAGACCGGCGUUUGUCUCGAUACCACUUGCUUUUCUUGAUGGAGUUUUGUCUUUUUGUGUGUACAGCGGAUCUUCAAUGGUGUGAUGGAGUUUGAGUGGUGACUGGAAGGACAAGGCGCUGUGAUUUAGGAUGUUU